CAAAGUAGCGAACCUUUAUUCUAUAGUUCCUUUAGUCCGUGCCAUAAACACUAAUCUCUAUUACAAGUAGAUAAUAGAUUUAAUUUUGUCUGCGGAAUUUAAUCCGGAAGUUGUACAUCUCCGGGAUCUUGCAUUAUUGCUAGAACAGUGUAGCGAAUUUGUGUGAAAACAAGUAUCAAAGCGUGCGCAGAACCUAAAAAUCAACCAACAUGGGCAGAAAAACAACCAACAAAGCGCACAAGCAUUUCACUUAUGAUAAGAUAACAGAUGCUUCAAUCUGUACUACUUGUAAAACAUCGAUAAAGGGUAGACACGGAACUAACUUAAAGAGACAUUUAACUCGUUUCCACGAUUUCAAGGAGAGUGAUUUUGAUAAUAAUUCUUCAAAUAAAGUUAAAAACAGCGGAACACAAAGUAAACAGAUAUUGAAGAAUGAAAAUCAGCUUCAAAUCAAUGAAAUGAACUUUAUCAAAGUAGAAAUGACGCAAAAGGAUUUGGAAAACAGUUGCGUUGAUCUUGUAACUGUCAACGGGAGGCCUUUCAGCAUCUUGAAUGACUCCGGGUUUCUAAAUAUCGUGAACCCAAUCAAACGGGCACUAGAACGAACGAGAAACAAAACAUUCUCACUUUCGCCGGAAUCGAUAAAAAAAAAAGUUGCUGAAGAAGCAAACAAUAUUAGAAGAGAAAUAUCAGAAGAAGUAAAAAACNCUAUGGUUUCGAUUAAAGUAGACGCAGUCACACGUUUAGAUAGGUCAUUUUUAGGUAUUAAUAUGCAGUAUAUUAAAACUUCAAAAAUUUUGCUUNGAACUUUGGGUCUCGCCGAACUAAAGGAAAAACAUACAGGAGCAUAUUUAACUACGAUUAUAAGAGAUAUAUGCAAUCGUUACAACAUACAUAUGAAUCAAAUAUAUACCAUCACCACAGAUAACGGUGCAAAUAUGUUGAAGGCUGUAAAGAUGCUGUCUUCAGACUAUGAUGAUUCUGAUGAAGCAAUUAUAGAAGAAAACAAACGCGCUGUUGAUGAUGACAUCGACUUGCAAUUAGAUCUGGACGAACUCACAGAAGAGAGUAAAGAAAACGAGCCGGAAGAUCACGCCNGAACUUUGGGUCUCGCCGAACUAAAGGAAAAACAUACAGGAGCAUAUUUAACUACGAUUAUAAGAGAUAUAUGCAAUCGUUACAACAUACAUAUGAAUCAAAUAUAUACCAUCACCACAGAUAACGGUGCAAAUAUGUUGAAGGCUGUAAAGAUGCUGUCUUCAGACUAUGAUGAUUCUGAUGAAGCAAUUAUGGAAGAAAACAAACGCGCUGUUGAUGAUGACAUCGACUUGCAAUUAGAUCUGGACGAACUCACAGAAGAGAGUAAAGAAAACGAGCCGGAAGAUCACGCCGAAAAUAUAUUACAAGAUAUUGAAAAUAGUACUCUAGGUUCAGAUUUUUCAAGUAGCAUAUUAACAGGAGUAAGAUGUGCAGCCCACACCUUGCAGCUGGCCGUGGAUNAUGCUUUGAAAAAUGCAGCUAAUGGUAUUUCAUCUUUGAUAAAAAAGACUNGAAAGCUCGUGAAGAAAUUGAGAACGCAAACUUUUUUAUACAUGCUCAAAAAACAAAAUUUGAAAAAGCCGAUAANUGACUGCCCAACACGUUGGUGCUCGACAGUGGUUAUGCUCGAAAGAUUAUUAUUACUGNAAGAUUANUGCACAGAACUGGCUGUAACAAAAUUUGAGAAGUUUGAAACACUAACUGAUGCAGANUGGGCAAAAAUUGAAGAAGUGUGUCGAACUUUACAGCCAGUUAAAAUGUGCACAGAAAAANUCCAAGCCGAACAACUAACUCUUACCGACUUCUUCAGUAAUUGGUUGGAGACAAAAUUGGCGAUGAAAAAAAUGAAUACAUCUUUCGCAGUGCUCAUCUUCGAAUUUAUGGUAAGUCGGGAAAAGUACCUACUAGAAAAUGAUGUGCUGUUAUCUGCUCUCUUUCUCGAUCCGAGAUUCAAAAUUUUAUUAGAGGAGAAGCAGACGGAAAAAGCAAAAAUUCACUUAAAACAUCUUUGGGCAAAGAUAAUGUCUCUGCAAGAAGACUUGACAUUAAACUCUAACUCACAAGAAUACUCAUCAAGUGGGUCAGAAUCAACGAGCGANGAAUUCGAGAGUCUCCUCAAAUUAAAAGAGAUACACCACAAUUCUAAUAUUUCACAAUCAUUAUCGUCGUCUUCUGUUCUACUACAUGACCAUCUUUCCUUGCGACGGAUUGAUAUCUUAUNGGAAAGCUAUAAUNAAGAGCAGAAGAGAAUCUCAAGAAAAACUAAUAUCCUAGAAUUCUGGCAAGAAAACAGUACGACUCAUCCAGAGUUAUACAAAUUAGCAAUGGUUGUUUUGGCGGUACCAGCCACACAAGUGAGUGUCGAACGGUUAUUUUCANGAUUAAAAUUUGUGCUAUCUCCGCAAAGAACAAAUAUCGAUGAGGCAAUCUUGGAAGAUCAACUAUUGGUCAGAGCUAAUCGAAUUUUUAUCAACAAAGAUGACACGAAAUCAAUAAUAAACUCGAAACGACCAUUGGCGACACUGCAAGUUGCUGUAGAAGACAAAACAAAAGCAAAAAAGACAAGAUGUGAUUUUCAAGAUCAACGGAAUUUCCCACUCAAAUGAUUUAUAAAUUAAUUCAUUUUGGUUAAUAAACGUGC